GCUUUGGAUAGGUUGAUAGUUGAUGCUAUAGUGCCAGCUUUAGAAUUAGUAGAAGCGAUGAACAUCAUCAAAGCUUGCAAUUUUCUCACAAUUCAACUAUAACAAGUUUAAGAGCUUCAAUUUUUUUCAAUGUCUCACACAACCUUGCAAUUGUCACUCUCUUCAACUGCAUUCAAUUCUUCACUUAAGGUGAAGAAAUUGAAGAGAGUUAGGCCUCGAUGUUUUCAAAUCCUAUGUUCCUCUGAACAUUCAAGUUUCAAAGAUAAUGGUGAUGCUGAUAAUGGAGGAGGUGAAGGCUUAUCAAAGGUGAUAUUGGUGGAGAGAUACAGCAACGGUACUGCUAAGAGAUACAUUUUAGGUGAUGAUUUGCAGUUGCGAACGGUUCUUAUCGAGGAGGAUAGGUCUACCGAAAACAAGUUCGAUGUUUUGCAUUCUCCUGAUGAAAGACUAUCCUGGCUUCCACAGAUGGUUAAAGAUUUUAUUCUGCCAGCAGGCUUUCCCGGAUCAGUCUCAGAUGAUUAUUUGCAUUACAUGGUACUACAGUUCCCUACCAAUGUGACUGGAUGGAUAUGUCACACCAUAGUCACUUCAAGUCUGCUAAAGGCUGUUGGUGUCGGUUCUUUCUCUGGAACCACGGCAGCUGCUUCUGCUGCUGCCAUCAGAUGGGUAUCAAAGGAUGGCAUUGGAGCUGUCGGGCGCUUAUUCAUUGGUGGGAGGUUUGGGAAUCUUUUUGAUGACGAUCCAAAGCAAUGGAGAAUGUAUGCAGACUUCAUUGGCAGUGCCGGAAGCAUUUUUGAUCUUACAACCCAGUUAUAUCCUGGAUAUUUUCUUCCUUUGGCAUCUCUUGGAAAUCUCACUAAGGCUAUAGCAAGAGGACUAAAAGAUCCUUCUUUUCGAGUGAUUCAAAGCCACUUUGCAAUUUCCGCAAAUCUAGGAGAGGUAGCAGCAAAGGAAGAGGUUUGGGAAGUGGUAGCUCAAUUGGUUGGCCUUGGUUUAGGCAUAUUGAUACUGGAUACACCUGGCCUUGUAAAAUCAUAUACUGUACUGUCAUCAACUUGGUUGUGUAUACGACUUCUUCAUAUUUGGCUACGAUAUGAAUCACUUUCAGUUCUCCAGUUUAACACGAUAAAUCUUAAGCGUGCCCGCAUACUGGUAAAAUCACAUGUUUUACAUUCCACUGUUCCAGGAUGCAUGGAAUGCAACAAGGAAGAGAAUAUAUUAGUCUGGUCACAAUUCAUGAAGCCAAAAAUAAUUUUCGGUUCACCCUUAGAGAAGAUGGAUGUCAUGGACAGAUCUCAUUUUUUGGUAGAGAAUCUUCUCAAAUUAUACGCAAAUGAAAAAUAUAUUCUUGUUGUGAAUCCGCAGCUAGAUGAUUUGAAGUUUUACGUUUCUUUCAAGGUUGGAGCUACAAGUUUAUCGGUAUUGCGAAGUAUUUGGCAGACAUUCUGGCUUAGUGAGAACUGGGAGAGCAAGGGUAAUGUAUAUGAUCAACUUGCCAAUAGUCUAAUGGAAUUGGAAGAUAGGUUUGAUGAUUUCAUUCAAAAGUUGAAAAGUUCUAAAUGGGAUACCCAACAAUUAAAUUUGAAGGUCCCCAAAGAAAUCUCAAUUGAUGAUAUCAAUACUUUUUAGAUUCUAAAAUGGUAGAAGCCUGCAUGCACACGUGUGAAAGUUUAUGCAUACUGCAUGCACACGUGUGAAAAACAAGUGUAUAGGGGGAUGUUUCUCUAGUAGUCUAGUGCAAGCAACGUUUAACUUGUACAAAUCUAUAUUCUCCAUUGGUAAUUAAUAAUUGGUUGGCAUGUCAUUUUCACAAAA